GCCCUGCGUGCCGUGCCGUGCAUGGCAAACCUAAGUAUUUGGAGAUGUCUCACGUUGCAGCCUGACCUGGGUGCUUUCUGCUGAUGCCUGGUGAGACAACAGCAGUAAACAUCAUGCAUAAACAGAAGCAUUCAGCUACGUUAGCUCUGCUUCCUCCGCUGCUGCGGCUCUGCCGCUGAACCACAGCGCCUGCUGUAAUUUGGGGGGCAGUCACCACCAAGGGCAAUGUUUUGUACCUAGUUGAGAUAUUAAAUUACUUCAGAGUUCUGAUGGAAAUGCAACCCUUGGCUUCACGUCCCAGUGCCCAAAGCGAGCGGCGCUGAAGCAUGGCAGCUGUUGGGAAGGCAAAGAUGCACAGUGCUUUGGGACGAGAGCCUGCGUGCUGCCUGGGCUCCUGGGCAUGGGGUAAUGCACCCACCCCAGCAGAGAUGCUUUCUUGGGAAUGUCUCAACGCUGACACACGCUGGGGUUUCUUUUUUCUCAUCAUUUAGUGCUGAAAAAUGAAGUGCAUGCGGGCGAUCAUUACAGCGUCCGGGUUUGUUAAAGGAUCUUUUUAUUCGCCAAUUUGCACAACUCCCUUUCCAGGCUGCUGGGCAUGAUAAAAUACAGCCAUUCGGCCUGUCAGGGAGAUAAUUGGUUGGCAUUAUGAAUCAUAAAAGUAUGUUCCCCCCUGGAAUUUUAUCCUGACACUUGAUUUAAUUUUUCUUGACAUCACAUCCAUUAUAUUGCAUCGUCUCGCUCUCGAUAGUUAAAUUUGCAGGCUCGCAGUAAGGACCAACAGGUUACUUAAGGAACAAAGCUGCUGUUAGCGAAAGGGUUGGCUCUGUGCUGAGGAAGCCCUUUCUCUUUUGAGGAAAAUCACCACAAAACAAAAACACGGCAGGAGUGCCAUUGGGAAGGUAGGAUCCCCAUUUCUGCCAAUGCCCCGCGAGCAGCGCUGCUCGGGGAUGGGUGGUGGGAAGGGCUGCACUGACCUCCAUUAUACAACAUCAGUUUUGGAGCCAACGGAUCAUCAUAGAAUGGCUUGGGUUGGAAGGGACCUCAAAGAUGAUCCAUUUCCAACCCUCCUGCUGUGGGCAGGGCUGUCAACUGCUGCAUCAGGCACAAGGUGAGGCUGCAUAGGGCCCCAUCCAACCUGGCCUUGAACACCUUUGGGAUGGGGCAUCCAUGACUUCUCAGGAGCUCCACUGGAAGAAGAAGGGGUUGGUUUUUGUUUUACCCUGCCUUCAUAUUGCUGCGCUCUCAGCAUUCCUAGCACAAGGGGACAGUGGGCGUUCUCCCAAGAAAUGGGGCAGCAGCACUGUCCUCUGCGCAGAGUGAACCCCAGGGCCCUCCUUGUGUGUGGUGAGACCCUUCCUGUGGCCACGGUGCUGCCCCAGAAGUGCAGGGAUAGAAUGAGGAGCUGGGAUGGGCUGCGUCCCCGGGGCCCCCCCACAGCUCCCUCCCUCCUGGCGCAUCCGCCUCACAUGCAGCCUGCUAAUUAGUGUGAGUGUAGCAUCCUAUUAAUUGCAGCGAUUGUGAUGUUUAGAUUUCUGGGUUAAUUGGUAAUAUCUGGCGUAGCAUUUUUUCCCUCCGGGUAUUUCAGAUCGCAGUAAUUAACCUCCCCCAUUCGGCAGAGUAGGCUUUCAGUACUGAGCUCUCCAGCUGCCUGCAGUGAGGAUGCUGGGGGGACUAUGCUGUGGGAUGUGGUUUUUUUUUAAUCCUAGAAUCAUAGAAUGACUUGGGUUGGAUAAUCCUCCAGGAUAACUUGUCCUGGUGUCUCGCAGAGGGUCUGCGUGCUAUGAGCGUCCUCUCACCUGGGGGGCUGCAGAGAAGAGGGCUCCUAUGGAUGGCAUCCCAACUGCAUGGAACUGAGAGGCAGAUGCAUCCCCUUGGAGAUCCCAGCUCAGCUCUGGAUGGCUGGAAAAUGGACACAGCAUUAGUCCUGCAGAGAGCAAGGGGACUCGGUGAAAUCUGUCCCCUCUGUGUGUUUAUUUGGAUUGUCCUCAGGAAGCACAGCAAAGCAGAGGCCACGCUGACUUGCCUUUAUGCUUGCAACAUUAAAGCUGCUGCUGUGCUGCGUGUCUUUAGGCAGAAGCUGGAUCGUUACAGCUUUGCUUCCGUAUUAUUUCUGCAGUGACAAAUGGGAGGUGGAGAUGGGACAAGGAGUGCCAAGCCCGGCAGUGUAAUUACAGCUCCCUUCCAUUUCCCCAUCCCCUCCUGCAGCCUGGUGGUAAAUGAUGAUGGAUGCUUUGCUCUGGCUGCUGACCGGGACUGGAGAUUGGGAGAUGGGAUGGAAGCAGAUCUGAAAAGGUCAGCGUGUCGUUCUCACUCUGCUUUCCUUCUACCCUAUGGCUCCUGCCAUGAGGGGAUCUGUAAAAACCCGAGCUUUCAGCGGGAUUGCUCUUAAUGCGCUGCUGGGAUCCUGAUUGCUUUUUCAUUGAUUGCACAAGCAGUACCUGGGGUUGGCAGGUGGAGUGCAAUGGGGCAGCCCCUGCACUGGGUAUCUUUGUACCAUUCCAAAAAUGUAAGAGAGCCAGGAAACAGGGCCCAGGUUGUGCUCAACCAACAGAUAUUCCAAAGCUUCCUUAAUAUUCCAAGUCGAUAUUCCUCAAUUUUUCAGGAAUACGCUCUUUCCCACCCUAUAAAGCUGCCCUUCUUCCUGCUGUGAGAUCUUUAGCCAACAGGUCUACCCGCAGUGUUCUUUUUGCCACUGGUAUGUGUUUGAUAUUUAAGAUAUGUUUCCUGCUGAGUGUAAGCUGUGAGCUGUACGCGGGAGGGGAGGGGGAGGUGAUGGACAAGCCUGGAGCUGCAGGGUAAAAGCCUCUGUCUGUGGUCCUUGUGCUUCCAGCAGUACCCCAGACAAAAGGCUGGGAUUUCAAAGGCACUGAACAGAGACUGCUGCAGAGCUUUAGAGGCGUUGCUCUUGAUUUCCACCAGCCUGAGGAACCAUCCUUUGAAAAUCCCAGCUUAGCCCAAGGCACACCACAGCUUGCUUUAUUUUUUAAUUGGCGUUUUAUUCAUUUUUUCUAUUUUAAAUUGCAGGAAAAGUGGAGAUGUGAGGUGCAGAAGGGCUGCUGGCCCUGUGUGUUCCAAGGCAAGCUGAGGACAGAAUGCUUUCUCUCAACCUGGAGAGCACCCUCAGCUUGCUUUCGGCAGGGUCCCCUCGGCGAUGACCGACGCGGUGGUGGGUGGCAGUGCUGACCGCUGGAUGUGCCCCGGUGACAGAACCAUGUCCCUCAGAGCCAGCAGCGAGAAGGAGCAGAUCCCUGCGGGAUGGGCAGCGCGGGGCGGGCAGCCCGAGCGGCAGCGCAAGGGAGAGGAGCUGACAGAUGAGGAGAAGGAGAUCAUCAACCGCGUCAUUGCCCGUGCCGAAAAGAUGGAGGAGAUGGAGCAGGAGCGCAUCGGGCGUCUGAUGACCCGGCUGGAGGACAUGCGCCGCAGUGUGCUGGGGGAUGGCGUGAACCGCUGCAUCCUCUGCGGGGAGCAGCUGGGGCCACGUGGCUCUGCCUGUGUCGUCUGCGAGGACUGCAAGAAGAACGUCUGCACCAAGUGUGGCGUUGAGACAACCAACAGCCGUCCCCACCCCAUCUGGCUGUGCAAGAUCUGCAGUGAGCAGCGGGAGGUGUGGAAGCGCUCUGGCGCUUGGUUUUUCAAGGGAUUGCCCAAGCAGAUGCUGCCCCAGCCAAUGCCUGUCAGCAAGAGCAAGGUGCCCCCGGCCCCCAGUGAGCCCAGCCCGGCUGAGCCACCAGCCCCAGACCCAAAGGUGCCAUCCCGCACACCUGGUCGGGGCCAGGCAGAUGAACAGGACCACUGCGGCAGUGAGGUGACAAUGGCUGCCCGGGUCCGCAAGCCAGCCGAGGGCAGGACGGGGCCAUGUGGCAGUGAGGACACGGAGAGCCGCGAGCCCACCACCGAGAGCGGGGUCAGCAGGAGCCCUGGUGUGAAGAGAGCCAACUCCAUGCAAUCCAACUCCACGCCACCCCCGCGGCCACCCGCUGUCACUGCCGGGCCAGCAGCACCUGCAGCGGCAAGACCAGGUCCUGGGGCAGCUGGCCGCAUGUUGGAAACACAAGCGAGCCCACCACCGGGACCCCCGGAACCAGCCCGUGCAGCCCCCAAGGAGGAGCGGGCCGGGGGCUAUGCUGCACCCCCAGCUCGGGACGAGAGGCCAGCCCGGCCCCCUGGAGCCCCACAGCCCCCUGCCCCAUUGCGACAGCCGCCCCCAGAGGAGGAGGAAGAGGACGCCAACAGCUAUGACUCUGAUGAAGGCACCACGCUGGGAGCGCUGGAGUUCAGCCUGCUGUACGACCAGGAGAACAGCGCCCUGCACUGCACGCUCAUCCGUGCCAAGGGCUUGAAACCAAUGGAUUCAAACGGCCUGGCAGAUCCCUAUGUAAAGCUGCACCUCUUGCCUGGGGCCAGCAAGUCAAAUAAGCUGAGGACAAAGACCCUACGCAACACCCGCAACCCGGUGUGGAAUGAGACCCUGGUGUACCACGGCAUCACAGAUGAGGACAUGACACGGAAAACACUCAGGAUCUCCGUGUGCGAUGAAGACAAAUUUGGCCACAAUGAGUUUAUUGGAGAAACCAGAGUUUCCUUGAAAAAGCUCAAGGCCAAUCAGAAAAAAAACUUCAACAUCUGCUUGGAGAGAGUAAUACCAAUGAAGCGUGCUGGAACAACAGGCUCGUCUCGCGGGAUGGCUCUGUAUGAGGAGGAGGUGGAUCGCGGUGGGGACGUGGAAGAGCGUGGCAAGAUCCUGGUGUCCCUCAUGUACAGCACCCAGCAGGGCGGUCUGAUCGUCGGCAUCGUGCGCUGCGUGCACCUGGCGGCCAUGGACGCCAAUGGGUACUCAGACCCCUUCGUUAAACUUUGGCUGAAACCUGACAUGGGAAAAAAGGCCAAGCAUAAGACCCAGAUUAAAAAGAAAACACUGAAUCCUGAGUUUAAUGAGGAGUUCUUCUAUGACAUCAAACACAGCGACCUGGCCAAGAAGUCCCUGGACAUUUCUGUCUGGGAUUAUGAUAUCGGCAAAUCUAAUGAUUACAUCGGCGGCUGUCAGCUCGGCAUUACGGCAAAGGGGGAGCGCUUGAAACACUGGUAUGAGUGUCUGAAGAACAAGGACAAGAAGAUCGAGCGCUGGCACACCCUCCAGAACGAGAACCACGUUGCCAGCGAUUAAAGGCAGCCACGGCCCAGCCCUGCACCCCUCCUGUAGGUCUGUCUGUCUUCCAGUGCAGCCAUGCCUUGCUACGCGCCCUGGGCAGCACCGCUGCUCUGCCUCCUCCGAGCACCCCCUGCGCCCCAAUCUCACCUCUGCGUGAAAACGAACCCAGAUCUUUUGUAUUCACAUCCUUUUCUUUUGGGUCACCCAAUUAUCCCGGCGUGCAGUUUUGUCCGAGCAAUAGUUACUGUGCCCAUCCCUUUGCCUCUUUCUCAGUAGUCUCAGGUGUGCUGCCGUAGUGUUGGUGUGUGUGUGACAGCACGUGUCCCGUCGCCCCGGCUCACUGCUCCACCCCAGUGCAGGAUGUGCAGCCCCUGGAUCAGCUGCGCUCGCAGCACGGAUGUGGCAACAGUGGAUGGUUCUGCUUGCUGGGUGCUGAUACUGAAAAAUUUGGCUUGAUGUGGGUUGGAACCAUCAUUCGGUAUCCACAGCCUGUGUCACAGAUGUCACCCUGUGAGCACGGCUUGAGCUUUUGAUUCGCUCCAUGUGGGCAAUAUCACAGUGUGUCUUUCUGAAUUUCUGUUGGGAAGAUCCACCAGUUGUACAGCACUGGUAGAGGCAUGCAGGGAACCAUGGUGUGCUUGCAGGGAGGCACAGACUGGGGCUGGGUAGGGUGAGCUGAGGGUGGCAUGGGGCUUUGCUGCUGUCCUGCCGUCCCAGUGCAGUUGGGCUGUCCCAACAUUGGCCGCACCGUGCAGGAGGGAAGCUAAGGGAGAAGAAAUUUCCCACCAACGAGCUGUUAUGUUCAUAGAUUGUUGCUUUAAAAUACCACAAACACCGAAAGUAGCUGCAACAGGUAGAGGUCUUCCAACUUUUUGGUUUUUGGGUAUGUAUAUUUUUUGGUUAUAGUUUUUUGCAAGUCUGCACAAGACCUGCUGUCUUCAAGCUGUGCUUUAGCAAUUGUCUGGAGGUGUUUUCUUUGCUGUCUCUAGCAGAGAGCCGCAGCGCUCUCAGGCUGAUGCCCAUCGCUUCUGUUCCCAUCCUGCUUCCCCUGCUGUCUCUGGACAACCUCAAGCAUAGCAACACCAUUGGGCAGUGCUGGGCUGUCCCGUUGGUCAACCACAACCCACGCAUGCUGUGCAAAGCCCGGCUCCAGCCCCUCUGGCUGUGCUGCUACCCCACGCGACUCUCUGCUGUGUCCCGCCGUGCUCUAAUCCAGCCGUACCGCAGAGCUUCCUUGUCAUUGAGAUGAAUUAUUUUCCUAUUCUUGAGAUAUAUAUAUAUAUAUAUAUUUAAAAUAUUUUUAUUUCCGUAACCCCCUGGCAAGGGGGGAAAUGCUGGGGAAACGUCUGAAGUUACCUUUAAAAAAAGAACAAAUGAAAUCAAAUCUGAGCAAUUCCUUUACUCCAGCCAUGCAGCAGCCCACCCUCCUUUGUGCGUGCAGAGCUAUUAAACUAAGGUUGCUUUUACCGAGGCAGUUUCCUCCUAUGUCCUGUAUCAGUGUGCCCCGCUCUCCCUUCAGACAACUGAUGCUCAACUCAUCUCUUGGCACCCAUGAAAGUAAAUGAAGUGCAACUCGCUGGUCCCACUCCGGGUAUUGUGCAAACCACAGUCCUUGUCUCCAUUUGCCACCCUCCUCUGAGUUUUUCUGAUGGUCGUUUCUGCCCUGGAUGACUUUCUUUUUGUUGUAAAUAAAGCAUGCACGUAUGGAUGGGGAAUGGUACAACAAGAACAACAACAACAACAACAAAAGAACAAAACGAAACGAAAAGCCUCUUCUACUGCUGUUUGCAUUCCAACUUGCAUGCAGUGAUUUUACAGCAAAAUAUCAGUUUACAAAUAUUAACAGAAAGAGAAAGCGUUACACAGGAACUAGAAAUACUCCAGUCUUCCGCUGCAUGCAGCACAACAUCCUCUCUUGAUGUGGUAUCUAAUAAAGUGAGACUAUUGGAAAAGAAAAAAAAAUAAAUAACUGAUGGCUCUUGGCU